CUAGAAGUUAUCGUCGUCAUGCGCCUCGCAGCUCACCAACACACUUCCGGUUAGAUUAGAUGGUAGAUGAUAAUUCGAGUGCCCCAUAUUCAACUUUUCCUGCUCCCCAUCGAAGCUAUCUUCAACAAAGUAUUUUGAAGGUCCCCGCCCACACACCAUGUUGCCAGGGGUGCGACAGCUAUGCUAUAUCAUGUUAGUGGUCACGUAAGAGCCGCGCCCUCUGCGAGCUUCGUGCGCCUUGCGAGGCGCCGCGCGCAAUGUCGUCCACUACCCUGGUCUUGGCCGUCGCAUUCAAGAUGGCAGACCAGUGCCGCCGCGACCGUUACUCAAGAAGUUUCCGACAGCGCUUCGUUAUCCCGAGCGCGCCCUGAAACCCUAGCUAUCCCAUCCGAAGCUCGAUUCAAUGAGAUCAACGUACAGCAUCUGAGUGCCCAUGUGCACAACCAAAUCUUCACCAACAAAAGCUCCCCGGCCCCCCCCGAGCUUGUCGACCUCGCGAAAGACCACCUGCGCCGUCACAAUCUCCUCGGCAAGAACACCGACAACACUGCGCCCAUUGCUUUUGAUGUUCCCCCAAUCCAGGGAGACACUCUCGACGAACAUUUUUACAGACUUGGUUCUGAUUGUGCCGAACCUUUCUUGUCAUACGCAAAACAAUUCGCCUUAGCGAAUGCGCCUCCUCGUCCGAAGAAAUGGAUAAGGCGUAGUGGUUGGACCAAAUACCCGGUGGAUGGAUCUGAGCCAGCACCCGUUGAAGCCCCUGAAGAAAACAUGCUUUGCUUCGAUGUUGAGGUCAUGUGGAAGGAAAGCUCAUACGCCGUCAUGGCUUGUGCCAUGAGUCCGACUGCCUGGUAUGCCUGGCUUUCGCCAUGGCUGUUGGGUGAAUCCGAGAACGACAAGCAUUUGAUUCCAUUGGGCUCGUCUAGUCAGGAUAGAGUCAUUGUAGGUCACAACAUAGGCUAUGACCGCGCUCGCAUCCUCGACGAGUACGACUUGGAGCAGACUCGGAACGCCUUCUUGGAUACUAUGUCUCUGCACGUCGCUGUCAAUGGUAUGUGUUCUCGGCAACGGCCGACAUGGAUGAAACACCAAAAGAGCCGGGAACUGCGAGACAAAAUCGCCAAGGAAACCAGCGAUAUGGAUCUGGCGAAUCUCUUGGCGAGCGACGCUUUGCGCGAGGAUGAAGAAGAGCUCUGGGUUGAGCGAAGUUCAAUCAACUCGCUCAGGGACGUCGCCAAGUUUCAUCUCAACACAACGAUCGAUAAGGAAGCACGGAAUGAUUUUGGCGAGCUGGAUCGUGCGGGUAUUGUUAAUAAGCUUGAUCAGCUGCUAGACUAUUGUGCUGCGGAUGUAGCCAUCACACAUCGGGUGUACAAGAUUGUGUUCCCAAACUUUUUAAAUGUCUGCCCACACCCCGUCAGCUUCGCGGCAUUACGACAUCUUUCUUCUGUCAUCUUGCCCGUAAAUAAAUCCUGGGAUGCGUACAUUGCCGACGCCGAAGCGACAUAUCUUAAACUGUCUGAUGCCGUCCAAGAACGGUUGAUUGGCUUAACCGAAAAGGCGUUAAAGAUCAAGGAUGAUGAGCAGAAAUGGAGCACGGAUCCUUGGCUGAAGCAGCUCGACUGGUCUGGCCAAGAAAUAAAGAUGGUCAAAGGAAAGAAGAAAGGCGACCCGCCUCGUCCUGCUGCCCGACAAAAGAAGCCGGGCAUGCCCAAGUGGUAUAAGGGCUUAUUUCAAUCAAGCAACGCGCCUAUGAACCUGUCUGUCAGAACACGCAUAGCACCGCUUCUUCUUCGACUUGCCUGGGAUGGCUAUCCGUUACAUUGGUCUGACAAGUACGGUUGGACAUUUCGAGUGCCGCUUAAAGACGCAUCCAAGUAUAGUUCAACACAGCUUGUUCGGUGCGAUCUCUCUGACGAGCCGAUUGAGGCGUUGAAGAACGACAUCGGAGCAUUAUACCUUAAACUUCCCCAUAAGGAUGGGCCGACUGCUAGAUGUGCCAAUCCAUUAGCCAAAAGCUACCUCUCAUAUUUCGAAAAAGGCACGCUCUCCUCUGAGUACCCAUAUGCUAAGGAAGCGCUUGACAUGAAUGCAUCAUGCUCCUACUGGAUUAGUGCCCGUGACCGAAUCAUGUCACAGAUGGUUGUCUACGAAUCAGACAUAUCCCCAAAUAAAAACAGCACAACCCCAGAACGUGGAUAUAUUCUGCCGCAAAUCAUUCCUAUGGGAACAAUUACCCGCAGAGCUGUCGAAAACACGUGGUUGACGGCGAGCAAUGCGAAGAAAAAUAGAGUUGGGUCGGAAUUGAAAGCAAUGGUCAAAGCACCUCCCGGCUAUUCCUUCGUGGGCGCCGAUGUUGAUUCAGAAGAGCUCUGGAUUGCGAGUGUGAUAGGUGAUGCUACUUUCAAGCUUCACGGAGGUAAUGCAAUUGGUUUCAUGACACUCGAAGGAACCAAGGCUGCGGGAACUGAUUUACACUCUCGCACUGCCUCCAUUUUGGGCAUCACACGAAAUGAUGCCAAGGUGUUCAACUACGGGCGGAUUUAUGGUGCUGGACUCAAAUUUGCUGGUACAUUGCUGAGACAAUUCAACCCUGGCUUGUCAGAACAGGAGACACUUGAUGUUGCCGGCAAGCUCUAUGCCACUACAAAGGGGACGAAAACCAAUCGCAAAUCGCUCUAUAAACGGCCUUUCUGGAGAGGAGGCACCGAAUCUUUCGUCUUCAACAAACUAGAGGAGUUUGCAGAACAAGAACGGCCACGGACUCCUGUAUUAGGGGCCGGUAUCACCGAGGCGCUUAUGGGCAGGUUCAUUAGUAAAGGUGCCUACCUAACCUCUCGCAUCAAUUGGGCCAUUCAAUCAUCCGGUGUUGACUAUCUUCACCUUCUCAUUGUCUCGAUGGACUACCUCAUCAGACGUUUCAACAUUCACGCUCGUCUAGCCAUCACAGUACACGACGAGAUCCGCUACCUAGUCAAAGACGAAGAUAAAUACAGAGCUGCCAUGGCACUCCAAGUCGCCAAUCUCUGGACACGAGCAAUGUUUGCGCAACAGGUCGGGAUUGAUGAUCUUCCCCAGGCAUGCGCUUACUUCUCAGCUGUCGAUAUCGACCAUGUUCUCCGUAAAGAAGUAGACAUGGAUUGCGUGACCCCCAGCCAUUCCACUCCUAUUCCUGCUGGCGAAAGCCUAGAUAUAACACAACUGCUAGAGAAGGGACAUGAGGCGUUCCUCGAUCCAGCUAUUGUCCCCGCCAAGUAUGCCCCCAAGCUAGACGACAUUCCUUACACUCCACGAGUUCCUGUCAUGCAGUCUCUGGGUAUGACUCAGGAUCUGAAAGAUCUCAGCUUCCUUAAAGCUCAGAUCACGAAUGAUGACAAAGAGCUACGCGACAUUCUCAAAGAUCAGAAGAAGGCUUAUGGCGGCGGAUCUUCAACAGGCGGCUCGCCGAGAAAACCAAGACAGAGAAAGAUAGUACCCUACAGUUCCCAAGCUCAGCUCAUACCCCAUAUGUACGAACCUUUCGAAGCCAAAUUCCCUUCCAAGCAUACCUUGAAGGAGAAUGAUUGGACAUUUGAGAGGAUGCCACCUCGAAUUUGGAAAGGGCCGGGCCCGAGACUAUGAAUCAAUCGCUCUAUUGUAUUGUACGCUUACUGACAUAAGUACAAUGAUGUAUGAUAAGUCGAUUUGGAUGGCUGUAGAUAUUUAAUUUCAUAAUGUAGACGAUAAUUACGAUGGGGAAAAGCUCUGUUUUUGAUCAAUCUAAUAGCUACAGUACUGUACAUGAG